GCAACCUCUCAGGGACACGGCAGCAUGAAGUUGGUGGCCACCCUUCUUCUGGUGGGGAUGCUCAUCCUCUGGACAGAGCUGCCAACAGGCAGCGCCUGGUCCUGCCCCCGCGUCCACAUCGUCUGUGCGGUGUUUAACCCUCCGAACCAGUGCUACACCGACCGGCAGUGUCCGCGGUACAAGAAGUGCUGCCCAACCUUCUGUGGGAGGAAAUGCAUCUCGCGCCCACCUUCCCUCCCUGUGUACCACGCGUGAGCUCCUGCUCCCAGGACAGACCAAGGGCCUUCUCAGCAUCCCCGUGCCACCCCAGCACCAGCCAGCUGCCCACGCCUCUGCUAGGGCUUGUCCUGCCCGAUGCCGGCUCCCAGGAGGAUGGGGACGGCCACCAGCCCACGCUCAGAGACUACCUUGGCUCCAGGACCACCUCACUGACAACCACUGCACAGUGCUACGUGCCACCUGCACGCCCUCUCCCUCCACUUCCCCACUGCUGUUUUAACAAAUAAAAGAGCUUGUUCCAGGGA